AUGUACAAUCCAAUUUUAUUGCUUGUGCCUAUUUUUAUCGGAUCGAUGGCCCAAAUCGAUGACAUUGAGCCGGCCGUGCGGGUUGUGAGAUUUCAGGUCACAUACCCGAAUGCAAAAGUGAGUGAACUGGACAACAUUCGAAAAUUCAACUCGUUGCUGCGAAACUCGGUGUUGGCCUCGUUGCGCUUUAUCAAUAAGCACUGGCUGAUUUGUGGGGGAUCCGAGUUGGAUAAAAAAUCCAAUGAUUGCGGGAAAGCUCAAGUGACGGGCGAGAUUGUCGACGCAUCAACAUACCGCAUCAACGCGACUUUCAUCGCCGAGAGAGACCCGAUCAAGAACGCCAAAGUCGAGGCCACUUCCACCGUUUUGGCGGUCGUACAGAUCGGGUUGAAAGGGGGCAUUUUCCAGUACACGAAUGCAUUGAAGAUUCUCGGGAAACCAUCUCAACAGCUUCCAUUCGAGGAAGCUUUUUUCUGCAAUCGUGGCGCGAUUCUUUUCGGAGGCGAUCGCUGUCGUAAGCAAUUAUCGGUGGUGGCACGAACACGACGACUCAGAGAUUCGGUGAUCGAACCAAUCUAUGUGCCUGUUUUUUUAUGUGCUUGUGGAGCGGGCUCGUUUCUGAUCGAGGGAUCCGAUGGAUGCACGCCGUGCGCAAGAGGAGAAUUUCAAGAGAAAUCCGGACAGGAAGCGUGCAAGAAAUGCCCACGCAAUUUGGUCACAGCCAGGGCGGGUGCAAAGAGCGAAAACGAUUGCAUUGCUUGGUGCCCGCUUGGGCACUAUUUCGAUCGAGAGGCGAAAAUUUGCGAGAUGUGCGGCUUGAAAGGAUAUCAAUCGGAAAUCGGUUCCGAUUCGUGUCUUCCAUGUCCACCCGGCUAUGUGCCCUUGUACAAAAAUUCGACGGCAAUCGAGCACUGCUUUCAGGAGUGUCCACCCGGCUCGGAAAGACAUGAGGACAAAGUGUGCAAGAAGUGCCCCAUUGGAUCGUUUAAGUCAAAAAACGAGCCAAUGUGUAUGCAUUGUCCACACGGUUCAACGACAAUGCACGAGGGGGCAAAAGGGUUGAACGAGUGUGCAAUGGAAAUCUGCAAACCGGGCUCGUAUUUGAGUGAAGAAAGGCACGGGUGUCAGCCGUGUGAACGGGGAUUUUUCUCGAAUGGAACCGAUUCAAGGCAAUGUCAAAAGUGUCCAAAUGGGACGACGACCUACAAAACGGGUUCAACUUCUGUCAACGAUUGCUCGUCAACAGAUCAAUGUGCCUCGAAUGUUCACAAAUGCCAUUGGCUUGCCGUUUGUAUCGAUUUGCCCGACGAGGGGGAUCAACCAAGAUACGCGUGCAAGUGUCGUCCCGGCUUUCUUGGCAAUGGCUUUAACUGUUCAGACGCCUGCGUUGGUCUUUGUUUGAAUGAUUCUGAAUGUCUCAAAACGGGCGACGGUCGAACGAAAUGCUUGUGCAAGGCCGGUUUCAUCGGAAGACGCUGCGAAAAGAGGAUAUUUCAGACAAAA